AUGAAAUUCGGGGAUCGUGAUCCACCGUAAGAUUCGUUGCAUCAGAACCGAGCAGUAAGCUCUUUAUAGAAACAAGUAUGUAUAUAUACGCUGUGUGCAGCAGAAGCGCAAGCGCAACAAGGAGGAGAGAAAGAAAUAAAAGAGACGAUGGAACGUCUCCGUUGCGAAGCCUCGGCUUUACCCAACUUUCUUUGGAGAUAACACGAAAGGUACCGGAAGAGUGGCGUACUGAGACAGAAAAUGAGAGAAUGCUCGAGGAGCAGCGGAGGACAGAGUUAGAGGUGUUUGAGAAAGUUUGCAAUUUCCUCGAAGAAGAGGUGUGGGAGUGCUCCCAUCCCGGCAAGCGUGCACACGUAAUAGGAUAA